AUGUCGCACAACCAGGCUAGCGCAAGCACAUCGAAGAUGGACCGCAAGACUCAAGAAUCAACACAUACUGAACUCCAUCAAGCUUCGCCCCAGCCACCACCGCUCCCGUUACUCUGGACGAGAGAAAAAAUCAAGCUCCACCGAGGUCAGCUUACACGGCUCGUCAAUAAGGCCGCGCAGUUAUCGCACUCUGGUCUCGAUACUGUGGAGCACCUGAAGGCGAUGUAUCGGCAAGUCGACGCCAUGCGAGACAAAUUCCAAGAGCUCAGCGAACUAUUCGAUACGCUGGGCACUUCGCCGGAGUUUACAUCGGACGAGGCUUCAGUAUCCAAAGAAUUUCAAAAGCAUGCGGAAUAUGAAGAGGCAGCCAGUACCGCAGUGGAUAACCUCUUAGCCGCAAUCGACCCACUGGAAGCAGUCCAUGGCGCGCAGUCAACUCCGACUCCCUUAGCAGACUUGGCCGCUCUUCAAACGUCAGAAGAGUUCCAGGAGACGGAACAGGCAGAAACAGCUCAGGAGAAUGGUCAAGACUCCUUCCACUCGGAUGAGCAGCAAACUCAGCAGACGCUCGACAGUCAGCAAACGGAGGUGUAUGCCGAGGAGCUGCAGCAGCCACAGCAACCAGAAGAGCCACCGAGAACCCCAGUUUAUUUCCAUUCCGACCCGAGCAAGAAAGUCCCGAAAUUUAAUGGGAAUCCGGUCCGCUACGUCGAAUGGGAGAGACUUUUCGAUUUCUACGUCGACAGAACAUCACUGGAAGUCACCGAAAAAUGUCGCAUCUUGAAGAAUUCACUCAUCGGACAGGCCCACAAUGCCGUCGCGCAUUUGACGAUUGGUCAGGAGGCAUACCCGCUGAUGAAGGAGACUAUCAAGGCCAACUUUGGCGACUCGAGAUGGGCUAAGACUGCCCUCAUCCAACGCGUGCACGGCCUGUGCAAGUCGAAGGAACUCUUCAAAACUAACAAGUUCAUUCACUUCGUGUCAUCCCUGGCUCUUAGCGUUAGGUCCCUGGUCAGCUUGGGAAGCAGUUUCGAAUCUCUUUCAGAUUCGUUCGUCUCCAUGAUCUUGGGUUGCGUUCCCAGCUCUUUCAGAAACGAAUUCAAUAGGAAUCUAAGUAGACAGGUCGAUCGCUCUUCAAGCGAGCUGGAAGUCUUGUUGAAGGCUCUAGAGGAGGAGAAAAGGAUCCUGCAGGCUGGCGAUCGCCAAGCGGCUUUCAAUGGGAGUCACGCCCAGCAAUCCAAUCAAGCCCAUCAGGCUAAUCCCGGCCAUUCUAGGAGGGACGAAGGCGCGAAGCACAGUAGAGGAAAAAGGCAGGGCGGUUUUCAGGAGCAGUCGGCUCAAUUCGCUUUUGCCAGCGCGGUGUCGCAACCCGAUCACUCUUGCGUAUUCUGUGGCGAUUCCCACAGCGGUCUUAAAUGCACUAAGACGAUGUCGGUAGAGGAGCGUAGAAGACGAUGCGAAGAGCAGAGCGCAUGCUUACGCUGCCUUAGAAGAAACCAUAUAGCUAAGAAAUGCAGGGCCAAGCUCAGUAAUUGCCGAAAGUGUGGAGGCAGACAUUCUGAUGUGGUUUGCGCUAGAAAUUCGCCGAGCGCCAAUCCAGGCUCUCCUCAGGUGGCGGCGGCUAGUUGCCCGUUUCAGUCCCUGCCACAGCCUGCGGGAGCUCUCAUCCAGACGGGAUACGUCUGGGUAAUUAACGGCUCCAAAAAGCGUAUUGCAAGGGUUCUGCUGGACCCGGGAGCAAUGAGAUCUCUCGUAUCGGAGAAGUUGGUGAAGGAUCUACAAAUCCCGACUUUGAGUUCGGAACCGAUCCAAAUCCACGGCAUCGGAGGCAAGGUGACGGACGCGAAGCUUCUCGAUUUAUGUCGGCUAAAACUGAAGAGUCGUUUUUCCAAAAAGCAAAUAUCGAUCACGUGCCUCACAAUUCCCAAGGUUAUCAAGCCUAUAAUCCCGAACGUCACUGCUAUAGGGGGCUUCUCCCCAGUUGCUGAUUCUAAAGAAGAAGGUUUCCCCGAGGAAAUAGAGCUGUUGAUUGCUAACGACUGGUUGCACCAAGUAUACUCAGGGCAAAACCAGAUCGUGGGCUCGGCUUUCGCGUCACCCACGAUUUUCGGAUGGUUCUUUUGGGGAAGGAGUGGUUCAAACCAGUUUACCAACUCGGUUCACACUGCCGCCGGGGUCAUCCAAUGCAUAGCAGCAGCAAACAUCACUCAGAGCUUAACUCAGCCGGUCAGCCCAAGAGGCAUUCCAGAAAAUCUAGAGUUCUUAUGGGAUACAGAGAUACUGGGGAUCGAGCGCUCACUCUCCGACGAGGAGCAGAGAUCGAUUGCUGAAAUGGAAAAAUUCUUCAAUACGAUUUCGAGAAAUGAAAACGGAAGAUACUGCGUCGCGUUACCGUUUAAGCCGAAUCUGCCCACACUCGGGGACAAUCAAAAGCUGGCUUACUCUCGACUAGUGGCGUUUCUCAAAAACGCUCGAAAGAAGCCAGAGCUGCUAAAAGCAGCAGAUAAUGAAAUAAAAAAGUAUAUCGCGGAGGGGUACGCCGAGUUGGCUGAGCCCCGCGCUCCGGGGGAGCAGGCUCAUUACCUACCGCUCCUCGCCGUGGCCAAGAAGGCUCUCGCAGGCUCUCAAGAGCUCAGAGUCAGGCUGGUUAAGGACGGCGGUUCCCGUAGCAGCGAUGAAGCUUCGCUCAACGAUGUGUUGGAAAAAGGACCCAACCUCCUGCCGGAUAUAUUAUCGGCGUUGGCGAAUUUCCGCAAGAGACCCAUCGUCAUAGUAGCCGACAUAGAGCAGGCCUUCAUGCAAUUCCUGAUAAAGAAGGAGCAUCGGAGAUUCUUGCGCUUCUACUGGGCUACGGGUAUAUCGGAAGACCCUCGCGCACCAAUCCGAGAGUACUGGGCCACAGUGCUCGACUUCGGGUUGAUUUGCAGCCCUUGGCUGCACUGCGCAGGUGUCAGAUUUCAUCUCGAUCAGGAAAUCGAGAAGCUACCAGACAAGGCCAACAUGUUGCGUGAGAUACGCGACUCAUUCUACAUGGACGACGUCUGCGUGGGAAUGAACUCGAUCGCCGAGGCCAAACAGGCCACGAGGGAUAUGCUGCAAAUUUUCCGUAAUGGUCACUUCCCUCUUAACAAAUGGGCGACAAAUAGCCAACCAUUGGCUGAGUUCAUCUCAAGCGUUGUCGGCCCGUCGCGCUCCGUUUCGGCCACGGACACGAAAAGCAAGUUCCUUGGAGUGUCCUGGAACCAGGUUUCGGACUACCUGUUCAUUGAUGUUCGGAAAAUCGCCUCGUUCCUGCUGGAAGGUCCGACCUCUAAACGUCAGCUUCUGAAGGGACUCAGUCAGAUUUUCGAUCCUUUGGGGAUACUUGCAUCAAUCUCUAUAAAUUUCAAGAUUUUGACUCAAACCCUGUGGGAAAAAAAGAUUGAUUGGGAUACCCCGCUUGACGGAGAACUCAAGGAAGCUUACAUAAACGCGGCCAACAAUCUGGAAUUCGGCGGCGAGAUCCAACUGAAUAGAGGAAUAUUCGUGAUCCCAAGAGCAGAGGCGAGGCGGGAGCUGCAUGUGUUCGCCGAUGCCUCGUUGGCAGCAUACGGCUGCAUUGCGUAUAUUAGAGAGCUUCCCAGAGCGACGUCACGAAAGAAGCCGUCAGUUAGUUUCGUGAUGGCAAAGGCAAGAGUGGCGCCUUUAAAGGGAAAAUGGACAAUCCCGCGCCUGGAGCUCGUUGCCGCAGUUCUGGCGGCGCGCUUUGCGAAAAACAUUCAGAAACUAUUCGCAUCGGAGGUGGACGAAGUUUUCCUUUAUUCGGACAACUCCUCAGUGUUAGGAUGGAUAAGAGAUAGCGCCGAUCGCUGGAAGCCGUUCGUCGGAAACCGCAUUAGAGAGAUUCAGAAUCUGUCGAGCUCGAAUUCGUGGAGCUACAUCCGAUCGGAAGAAAAUCCCGCCGACCUGCUCAGCCGCGGCUGUCCGCUUGAUUCCCCGGAACUCAGACGGUUCUGGCUAGCGGGGCCGCAAUGGCUGUCGGUCUCAGGAAGACCGGAACCGCACUCGUUGAACGAUUCCGUCCCUUCUGGAGAAAUUCUGAUCGAGAGAAGGCAGGAAAUUCUGGCGGCAGCGGAGGUUGUAAACGAGCCCCCGUUGUUUAGAAAACAAUUCUCUUCGUGGCGGAAAACGGUGCGCAUCGUGGCCUACAUGCUGCGCUUCGCCUCGAAAUCUUCCCAGGGCAGUAAACCCACCGAUCGGACGAUCGAUACAGCGGAAUUCCAGGUGGCUGAGGAUAAGUUGUUAAAAAACAUCCAGAGCGCACAUUUUUCUACGGAAAUUGCGUCGGAAUGCCGAAGCAUAACGAAAAGUAGCGAGCUGUUCCAAUUAAAUCCAUUCGUAGCGGAGGAUGGGUUUCUCAGAUGUCGAUCGAGACUGGAGAGAUCGACCGAGCUAUGUUUCGAUGAGAAAUACCCAAUCAUUUUUCCUGGUGAAGACCACCUCACCCGCCUGCUCGUUGAAUGGUUCCACUCGGAAGCUUGUAUGCAUACCGGGGGAGUGGCUGGAACCCUACAGGAAAUUAGGAAAAGAUUCUUCGUACUCAGAGCGCGCAGAGCGGUAAAAGCGGCGAUCUCGGGCUGUAAAACGUGUCUCAGAUUUCGGGCGCAGAGGGCGAGCGAGCCUAUGGCUCCGCUUCCCCCAUUCCGAAUUGAGUCUUGCGCCCCGUUUGCGGUCACGGGGGUCGACCAUGCCGGACCCAUAUACAUAAAAAAUGAUCUCGGGGUAAAGCAAAAGAGCUAUAUCCUGCUGCUGGUCUGCGCCGUCACGCGCGCGGUCAGACUAGAGCUCGUCCCAGAUCUCAGUACGUAUGAGUUUCUGAUCGCCCUGAGGCGCUUCAUAGCCAGAAAUCCGGCAGUCGUCCGUAUUGUAUCGGAUAACGCGAAAACUUUCAAGAAGGCGAACAAUGAGCUGAACGUUCUGUUCGAUCACGCUAAGGCUCCGGAGACGCGUUCUCUGCUGACAAGCAAACGCAUAGUGUGGCAGUUCUCAACAGAAAAGGCACCUUGGCAAGGUGGCUUCUGGGAGAGAAUGGUGCAGACUGUGAAGCGGCCGCUAAGGAAUAUCUUGGGAGUGCACUGUUUGAAAUUUCGCGAGCUAGAAACGGUCCUAACUGAAAUAGAGAAGAUAGUUAACGAUCGACCCAUCUCGGCAGUCGUGACGGACCCAAAUGAACCGCGAGCUCUGUCACCGUCAGACCUCCUAUACGGGUACCCCACAAGGCAAGCAUUGCCAGAAACCAAGCGCGUAAUUUCGACCGCGGAGUCGGCCACGGCUUUGGUUUUCUCAGAGCGCUGGAAAUACCAGCAAUCAGUCCUUCGAGGAUUCUGGAAACAAUUUCACAGCGGAUACCUUCAGUAUUUGAGAUCGGCGCAUUACAUCAAGCCGCAGGAUAGCCGCCCACUCGCUGUCGGAGACGUAUGCAUCCUGCAAUCUCCUGACGCGUCGCGAGCUUUCUGGCCCUUGUGCGUGGUCAAGUCGCUUUGCGGCGGGGAGGGCUCUUCGAGUCGCCACAGGUCUUGCGUUAUCAAGACAAACAGCGGUCAGACUCUCAGAAGACCGAUCCAGCUGCUGUACCGCUUGGAGGUGUCCCAAUUCUAA